GGUAGCGGUUACGAUAAGAUCCGCGCAAUCAGGCUGAUAACCACCGUGCUGAGGAAGUAUAAAAUGGACUCUACGCUCUUCAAUUGACCGGUAGAAUCGCUUCAGUGUCGUCGUGUAAAAUCUGCUAUCGCUCGUGAUUCACCAUGAACAAGUUUGCCGCACUGUUGGUGGCGGCCAGCGCCUGUCUGGCCGGUGUAUCGGCCCAGUGCCCGCGCAUUGUGACCCGUGCCCAGUGGGGAGCCCGUGCGGCCAACACCGCCCAGCUUCCGAUCCGUCCGGCACCGUGGGUCGUGAUGCACCAUACGGCCGGUGCUCACUGCACGACGGAUGCGGCCUGCAACCAGCAGAUGCGCAACAUUCAGUCGUUCCACAUGGACGGUAACGGUUGGGCGGACAUUGGCUACAACUUCCUAGUCGGUGAGAAUGGUGCUGCUUACGAGGGACGCGGCUGGGGCCGUCAGGGUGCCCACGCUCCCGGAUACAAUGAUCGCUCGGUCGGUAUGGGCGUCAUUGGAACCUUCACCAACGGUAUCCCGAAUGCCGCUGCCCGGAAUGCCGCUCAGCAGCUGAUCAGCUGCGGUGUUUCGCUCGGACAUAUCGCUUCCAACUACUGGCUGAUUGGACAUCGUCAGGCCGUUGCCACCGCUUGCCCCGGAAAUGCAUUCUUCAACGAGAUCCGCAAUUGGCCGCGCUUCAACCCGAACGUUUAAGAACGGAGUCUGCGUUAAGGAGCAUUAGUUGUGAUACGAAAAAUAAUGAAAGGUGGGAAAGAUUCCUGAUGAUCUGACCGAAAA